AUGGCCACAACACACGCCAAAAACAGCCUCACGCCGCCUCAACCUUCCCAUGCUGAUUCACCCUCACCUGCCUCUUCCCAGCCCACAGCUGCUUCCUGCCAUCCCCUGUCUCGCCCCACUACUCCCCACCCGUCAACGCUCACCGCGUACGGAGCACAAGCAGGAGCAGCAGCACCACCAGGCGCACAACCGGGCGCGUCUCACAAGUCACUGCGCUCUGCCCUGUCUGCUGCCCUUGCUCACAACCGCAUGAUACUGCAGCGGCAUAGCAUGCGCAUGCUCGCGCACUCGCAAACCUCGUACCGACCAGACCAACCGUUCAGCCUCAAGAGAAGCUGUUGGGAGGGGCAUGGUGGGGGGUAUGGGGAGCAUGGGCAUGGUGGGGGGAAUCGUGGGAGCAAUGCAGACAGUGGGGAGCAUGCUGAGGCUAGGGAUGAGGAGGGAAGCUACACGGUGCUGAAUUAUGGAGGGGGUUAUGGUGGGGGCCACGGCGAGGGGCAUGAUGAGGGGUAUGGGGUUGAAGAGGGGAGUUUCGAGGUGGUGAAAGACAGUGUUGGCAGCAGCACUAGGAGUGAAACCGUGUUGACAGUGCAGGAGCGGUUGCAGGCUGAACGGGACGUGCAGCAGGUGCGGUUGAGGGCGGAAUGGGACAGGCAAGCGCGUGGAAACCAUACCAAUCACAACAGCAACAGCAAUGGCGGCUGUAAGCAGGAGGCUAAAGAGGAGGCGCCGGUCGAUGCAUCACCGCCGUUGGGUGCGGCUGCUACUGCCGAUUCUUUCGAGAAUCCUCCAACGCAGCACCUCCAGUAUACCGGCACGCCGGAUGCUCUUCAGUGCGACCUACAGCAGCAGCACUUCGCACUUGCUUCCUCUGAUGCGGAAAUGGCCUGGCAGGGUGUCAUGCCGAGCUGUGAGGGUACUGCAGAAUGGGGGUUCAAGGUGCCUUGA